GGGGAGGGGAGCGGACGGCUCGAGCACGGCGCGGUGCAUUGUGGGGCGGGAGAGGAGAGUCACUGCUCAGCCAGGGCCGCCAUCUUGGCUGCGUCCGGACUCGCUCCCGCUCCCGGGGCCUGUUCCUUCUCCUCGCAGCGGAAAGCGGUGGAAAGGGAGAAGACAAAGGGCCCGCCCGGGCGGUGCUGAUGCGUGCAGAGCCUUCUCGCACCUCUCCCGGGCGCCGCUAGCAAAGGAGGCGGGGGUGGUCGAGCGGUCGCCGGCGCGGCCUCUCCUCUCCUCUGUCGGGAUGGGUCGGUCCCGCAGCCGGAGCUCGUCCCGCUCCAAGCACACCAAGAGCUCCAAGCACAACAAGAAGAACCGGAGCCGAUCGCGGUCUCGCUCCCGAGAAAAGGAGCGGGCGAGGAAGCGCUCCAAGUCCCGGGAGAGCAAGCGGAAUCGGCGCCGCGAGUCCCGCUCCCGCUCGCGCUCUAACACGGCCCCCUCCUCCCGGCGCGACCGGGAUCGGGACCGGGACCGCGCCUCCUCCCCCCCCGACCGUAUCGACAUCUUCGGGCGCACAGUGAGCAAGCGCAGCAGCCUGGACGAGAAACAGAAGCGGGAGGAGGAGGAGAAAAAAGCGGAGUUCGAGCGGCAGCGGAAAAUUCGUCAACAAGAAAUUGAAGAGAAACUCAUAGAAGAAGAAACUGCUCGAAGGGUGGAAGAACUUGUAGCUAAACGCGUAGAAGAAGAGUUGGAGAAAAGAAAGGAUGAGAUUGAGCGAGAGGUUCUCCGCAGGGUGGAGGAGGCUAAGCGCAUCAUGGAAAAACAGUUGCUCGAAGAACUCGAGCGACAGCGACAAGCUGAACUUGCAGCACAAAAAGCCAGAGAGGAAGAAGAGCGUGCAAAGCGUGAGGAACUAGAGCGAAUACUAGAAGAGAAUAAUCGAAAAAUUGCAGAAGCACAAGCUAAACUGGCUGAAGAACAAUUGAAAAUUGUUGAAGAACAAAGAAAGAUUCAUGAGGAGAGGAUGAAACUAGAACAAGAGAGACAGCGUCAGCAAAAGGAAGAGCAAAAAAUUAUCCUGGGCAAAGGAAAGUCUAGGCCAAAACUGUCCUUCUCCCUAAAAAGCCAGGAUUAAAUUUCAACUCUGAACUCUUAAAAGAAAAAAGAAACAAAAAAAUAACAACAACAAAAAAGGAAAACAAACAAAAACUUUGUAUGGUAGCUUCAUGUUGAAGUUUUUUUUGGGUUUUUUUUUUUUUUUGUGGUUUUUUUGGGGUUUUUUUUUUUUUUUUUUUUUUUUUUUUUUUUUGUGGUUUUUUUUGGUUUUUUUUUUUUCCUUUCUCUCAAAAAAAAUUUUUUUUUUUUUGUCUUUUUUGAAGGUUGGAAAGUUAGCUUGUUCUAAUAGGGGCUGUGCUCUGCAAUUCUUUUUUUUUUAAAAACUUCCAUUAAGUUAAACCCUUAUCAGAUCAUCGUUGCCCUUUAGAGGGUAAUCUGUUUUCAUGAAUUUUUUUCUGUAUUGGUGGUCUGAAGCAACUCAUGUCACUUUAUGAACUGUGGAUGAUCUGAUAAGGUUUUACUGACCUACUCAUCAGAGUAUGACUCUGAUAAUUGACAGAACUUUAUACUGGGUAUUGCUGACUUUUAAUGUUUUUAUUUUAAAGUCAGUAAAUACAUGAGUAAAUUGCCAUAGUAUUACUGGACCUCUGUGGUUUAUUGUUAAAUCAGUGUCCUAUGAUACUGUCCCGUUGUUGCGCUUGAUGUUCCUGAUACAGGUAAGGAAAUAGUUUGUCAUUUCUGCUAUGAAUACAUAGAGAGAGUUCAGUAUUGUCUCUGUUAGAUUUGUUUUUAUUACAUUCACAGCAUUCAACCAGCGUUCCCCAUUGUGUAAAUAAACCAAUUUGCUGAAUAAAGUGAAAGUCUUAAAUUCAUAUGUUUAAGUAAAUUUUUUUAGUACACUUCUAUAAACAGCUAUGAGUGACAAUUCACAUUAUUAAAUUCAAGACUAUAGUGAUAUUUUUUUAAAUUUUGCUUUAAACUAUUGUGGCUUCUACUUAAAAUGCAAAAUCACACACAGUAAAAAAUCCCUGCAGUUGUGAAUGUUAUUGAUGGCUGCUGCUGUUUUUAUGAAUGUAGGUUUUUAUUCCGACAGAGACUUAUUUCAGCUGUAGUAUCAUGUUUAAAUGGCUGUUUGGCUUACUGCACCCAGACCAAUACUUCCGAUAUCUAAACCCCUUCAGUUCACCUCAUAAUACGUUGUAUAAAAUUAAAGUCAUUACCAUAUAAUGAAUUUGAUGGAUCCUAAAGGAUUUAAAGAUGGAAAUUUUUUCUCCCAAAGGACUGGACUGGCUGGUGUAUUUGAACUGAAAAACAGAAAGUGCGAUUCUGUCUAAAUAUAUUGUUUUAGCCAGAGAGCAAGUGUUAUACAGAUCUUGAGUAUUAUCCAUUUAUAUACACAGGUUUUAUUCUGAAAAAUUAAACUACAGAUUGAAAACUAUAUAUAUUAAAGUCCCCCUUUUUGUAUGUAAAUCGUCUACCAAAACCUAGAUUACUAUAUCUUGUCCAGUUCUAAAACUUUCUUUUUCCUGUCAAUGUGCAACAUCUCUAGUAACCAUAAAAUUCAAGUUACCAGUAGUUGCCUGAGCAUUUGAAUGUCACUGGGCAAAGUUGGAAAUAAUUCCUGAUAUUCCCAAAUGGUCUGUUUCUGUAGUUUUAGCAAGUUAAAUCUGGGAACAAGUUGAAUGUGCCACUGAAAGCAGUAUUCAAUGAGCUUUGUAUGAAACCGGGGCUUGGGGACAGACUGAUGUUUAUUGCUUUGUCCAGUAUGUCAAGAAAAUGUGAAGAUGGUAAAAUACCUACACUAUUACUGUACUUAAAUUUGUCUAUAUAUUGUAUGACAAAAGAAGGUUGAAAGUUGCUUAAUGCAUAAAAACAAAAGCUGAAGCCAAAUAAAUAAUGUACAUGACCUGUUGGCAGGAGCAGGCUGUAUUUAAAGAUCAACUGAUAACCUGUAUUUCUAAAACAGAAAACAUCCCCUGUUCCCUUAUGAGAAACAAGCUAUUAAAAGUCAAUACUCAAAACAGA